CAAGAACAAGGAGUAGGGUGAAGCUUUUCUCAGAUAACCCUUCAGAAUGUUUCCCACAGGUAUAUUUUUGAUGAGUGUCCUUAUUUCUCAGAUGCAAGGAAGAGGGAUUGUUGGAGUAGAGGGUCAAGAACUGGUUCAUCCUAAAAAGCUAUCCCUGCUACAGAAACGGGAUCUUGAACGCAUCCAUGACUCUGAUACACCGGAGGAAUAUGAAGAAGAAUUGUUGUAUGAAAUAAAAUUGGGGAGAAAAACUUUAACCCUUCACCUUCUGAAAGCAAGGGAAUUCCUCGCUCUAAAUUACAGUGAGACAUACUACAACAUAAAGAGAGAAAUGGUCACCAGGCAUCCACAGAUCUUGGAUCACUGUUUUUACCAAGGCUCCAUCAUACAUGAAUUUGAUUCUGCGGCAAGCAUCAGCACUUGUAAUGGUCUGAGAGGCUUCUUCAGGGUAAAUGACCAGCGGUACCUCAUUGAACCAGUAAAAUACUCAGAUGAGGGAGAUCAUUUGGUGUUCAAAUACAAUGUCAAGGCACCUUAUGCUACCAAUUACUCCUGUGAAGGGCUGAAUUUUACCAAGAAGUCUACUCUGAUAGAUGCUAAGAAUAUAGAAGAGCAUAAAGUAGAAGACUAUCACAAAGAAAAGUUCAUUGAAUUGUUUGUUGUUGCUGAUGAAUUUGUGUACCGCAGGAACAGUAAACCCCAAAACAAGUUAAGAAAACGAAUUUGGGGGAUGGUCAAUUUUGUCAACAUGAUUUAUAAAGCCUUGAACAUUCGUGUGACUUUGACUGGCAUGGAAAUAUGGUCGGCUGGAGAUGAGAUAGAAAUAGUGUCCAAUCUAGAAAGUACCUUAUUGCAUUUUUCGACUUGGCAAGAAACAGUUCUCAAAAAGAGGAAGGACUUUGAUCAUGUGAUUUUACUGAGUGGGAAGUGGCUCUACACAUCUAUGCAAGGAAUUGCUUACCCAGGAGGGAUAUGUCAGACCCUUCGUUCAUGCAGUGUUGUUAAGGAUCUUCUGCCAGAUGUAAAUAUAAUUGGCAACAGGAUGGCACAUCAGCUGGGACACAGCCUGGGCAUGCGGCAUGAUGACUUUCCAUGCACCUGUCCUUUGGGGAAAUGUGUGAUGGGUGCAGGAAGCAUCCCUGCAAUAAAAUUCAGCAAAUGCAGCCAAACCCAAUACCAGCAAUUUCUGAAGAAUCAGAAACCAGCAUGCAUACUCAACAACCCACUUCCGGAAGAAUUCAAUGAUUAUCCGUUCUGUGGGAACAAGAAGGUGGAUGAGGGAGAAGAGUGUGACUGUGGGCCAGUUCAGGAAUGCACCAAUCCUUGCUGUGAUGCACACAAAUGUGUCCUGAAGCCAGGAUUCACUUGUGUAGAAGGAGAGUGCUGUGAAUCAUGUCAGAUGAAGAAGGAAGGGGUUAUAUGCAGACCAGCAAAGAAUGAAUGUGAUAUUUCGGAAGUGUGUACUGGCUACUCCCCUGAGUGUCCUAAAGACGAGUCCCAAGCCAACGGGUUUCCUUGCAAGAAUGGAGAAGGCUACUGCUUUAUGGGGCUGUGUCCCACUCGGGAUGACCAGUGCGCAGAGUUGUUCAGUGGUGGAGCUGAAGAGAGUCACAGCCUUUGCUACAGGAUGAAUCAAAAGGGAAACAGAUUUGGAUACUGCAAAAAUAAGGACAACACGUUUGUUCCCUGUGAAGAGAAAGAUCUCAAAUGUGGAAAGAUAUACUGCACCGGAGGCCGGCGUUCAGCACACCUUGGAGAGGAUAAAACCUAUAACCUUAAGAAUGUGAAGCAGAAUAUCUCCAUCAAAUGCAAAACCAUGUUUUUAUACCACAAUUCUAGAGACAUGGGCCUGGUGAAUUCUGGAACAAAAUGUGGUGAGGGAAUGGUUUGCAGCAAUGGCGAAUGUAUAGAAAUGGAGAAGGCCUACAACUCAACCAUCUGCUCUUCCCUGUGUGAUGAAAAUGAUGUGGAUGACAAUGAACCUGACUGCCAGUGUGAAGAAGGACCAAUAAUUACAGAGUGGGGAGAAGCCUUAAACCUUACCAGUGUCUCCAUCAUGGUCGUUGUGCUUGUCAUGGUUAUUAUUGGUGUUGGACUUGUCAUAUUACUAAUCCGUUACCAGAAAUGCAUUAAGAUGAAGCAAGUUCAAAGCUCUUCUAGAGAAAUACGGGGCAUAGAGAAUAAAGUAUACUUUCCUGAUGAGCAUCAGACGAGGAGUGAGCCAAUCUUCACAGAUAUCUAUCCCCUACAUAAUACGGCAGAGUCAUUGGAAAGAGUUCCUUCCACCUUUUCAAGUCCUCACUACAUCACCCUGAAAUCUGUCAGCAAGGACCCAAGAGGAAUUGCAGACCCUAAGCAAAAUGAUAACAUGAAUUUGAACCUGGAUAGCCAAAGCGACUGCACAAGACUGGGCUAAAGAUCCUCCAUGCAGAUCAUCACUGCCUUGAUGUCUGCUAAACAGAUUUCAGUUGUUUGCCAAAUAUCCCUUACCUGGAUAGAAAAUGUUCAAGAGAAAUAGUUUCUUCCUGUCAAUAUUAAGUCAUAGAACCCACAAUCUAUAGCACACACAUAAUCCCCACAAAAAUGAAUAUGAACUUUCCAAUGGGCUUUAAUUUAAUGCCCAAAUAGGAAGUCUCUCUGCUCUAGUAAUUUCCUAUGUAAUAUUAAUCUUGUAAUUUUAUAAUAAUCAAAGCUUGUGAUCAUUUAGAGUUUCACAUACAAGGAACAGAUAAGGCUAGUGGUUGGUUACUUUGUUAAGAUCAUUUUAAAAGCACUUACUUUCAGGUCAGAUGUUGUGGCCCAGACCUAUAAUCCCUAGAGGUUGAGAUAGGAGGAUCACAGGUUCAGGGUCUACAUGGGCUGCAGAGAAAGAUCAUGUCAAGUCUGGACAACUUGGUGAGAACUCUUUAAAAAAAUCAUAAAAUUUAAAAUUGCACCAGAAAUGUUAAGGAACAGCUGUUGGUGGAGCAGAAUGGGAGACACCCUGGGUUCAACCCCGAGAAUUAAAAAAACAAAACAAAACAAAGCAAACAAACAAAACAGAAAGAUCAAAACAGAUGACAGUGUGCCUACUUUGAUUUGCAAACUAUAUCACUGAAGUCUGCUUUCAAUGAAAUUAUCUUCUAUGGAAGGGCCAAGGAGGUUAGGGCAGGGCAGAGAGUUAUAGUAGCUGAUUAGAAGAGGGAGGAACAAAAGAAUGGCCUCCUAGACUAUAGCACCAGCACUGUCACAAAGCAUCUCAUCCAUUGCCCAGGGUGUAGAGGCCUGUGCAAGCUUUGGGUUCCUAGGCCUGCCUUUCUAGAUUUCUAUAAUAAGCCAAGAAAAUGACAGGGCUUUUAAAAUAUUCACUCCACUUCCUUGUGAGUCCUCAGGAAACACAGAUGGGGGUGUGCUUAGUGUUCAUUUUCUUUACUGCAGAACACUGCAUUCCCAUGGAUUUGUUGCCUUGCGUUGGGUUGUUUCCUUAUACAGAUGUCUGUGGGUGGAAGCACUCUCUCUCACUGACUCUGUUUUCUUAAUGGGAGCUGUUAAGUCUUUUAAAUCUAUAGAUAAUUUUCCCCCAUCCUUAAAUAAAGAUCUCAAAC